AAGGCCAGCCCUCUGUCUGUCUCGCCAGCACCAGGCCUGCCUCAGAACCAUGGCCCUCUCGGCCGCCUGGAACGCUCUCGGCACCGGCCUGGUGCCCCCCGCCGCCCUGGGCCUGGUGGUUCCUCCGUCGGAGGUGGCUGAGCCCCCAGAGGAGAGCGCCCUGCGCGCCGCCAUGGAGGUCCUGCGGGGCCACGGUUUGCACGCAGUGCUGGAGGAGUGGUUCCUGGAGGUGCUGCAGAUGGACCUGCAGGGCCGAGUGGCCCCCGAGUUCUGGGCCGGCCUGGCGCAGCGGGAGAACGCGGCCACAGAGCCCCAGAGCGCCCUGCUGUUGCUGGAGGCCUUCUCCCUCCUGGGGUCCCGCCUGGCACCGUACUUGCGCAGCCUGGCCCUGAUGGAGGCUUGGGCCCGGGAAGGCCUGCUCCUUGGGACGGGGGCCCGGCCCCUGCAGGAGAGGGUCCACGCCAUGCUCCGGGCCAUCCUCUUCUUCUCCACCCCGGGAGGCUUCCAGGAGACCCUCCGGCGCUUCUACGCUCGAAGCUUCAAGAUCUACAUGCUCCAGCAGCGGCGGCAAUGGCAGAAAAGGAGCCAGGAGCCACAGGAGAGUGUCAUAGGCGAAGAAAGCGAGCAGGAAGGCCUGGCAGAGGGCAUGGCGGAGGCUCUGGGAGGGGGCCAGAGGCCGUGUGCUGGGUGCGAGGAGGAAGAGGAGCGUUGCUGGUGCCCGGUCGCCAUGAACCAGUUCCAGCAGCUCAAUGACAUUCUGCAGAGGCUGAACCUGCUUGAGCGAGUCAGUGCGGACGCUGUCACCAGUAUCCUGCAUCAGAUGAUUGAGGAGCGGAUGGAGCGCAGGUGCCGGGGGGAGUAUGAGCGCUCCUUCCUGAGCGAGUUUCAUGAGUGGAUUGAGAAGGUGAUUGGCUGGCUCAGCCAGGUCUUCCUGCAGGGGGGCAGCGGUGCUCCUCCCAGCCCCGAGGCCAGCAGCACCCUUAAGCGUUGGCGCUGCCAUGUCCAGAUGUUCUUCUAUCGGCAAUAUGCCAGCAUGCGCAUUGAGGAGCUCUUCAGCAUCAUCCGAGAUUUCCCAGAGUCCAAACUGGCCGUGGAAGACCUGAAGUAUUGCCUAGAGAGGACCAACCAGCGGCAGCAGCUCCUGAGCUCUCUGAAGAGUGCCUUGGAAAUGCGGCUUCUCCAUCCCGGGGUGAAUACGUCUGACAUCAUUACCCUCUACAUCUCCGCCAUCAAAGCCCUGCGGGAACUGGACCCCUCCAUGGUGAUCCUAGAGGUCGCCUGCGAGCCCAUCAGGAAGUACUUGCGAACCAGGGAAGAUACAGUGCGGCAGAUUGUGGCAGGCCUCACUGGUGAUGCUGAAGGGUCAGGCGACUUGGCCAAUGAGCUUUCCAAGGCCGAUCCAGUGACUCUGGAAAAUGGCCAGGAGAGCGAUGAUGAUAUCUCUGACCCGGAGGAUUGGGUACCUGAUCCGGUGGAUGCCGACCCAGGCAAGUCAAGUUCCAAGCGCCGCUCCUCAGACAUCAUCAGCCUCUUGGUGAGCAUCUAUGGCAGCAAAGACCUCUUCAUCAGCGAGUACCGGAAUCUUCUAGCUGACCGGUUGCUGCACCAGUUCUCCUACAGCACAGAGAGAGAAAUCCGAAAUGUGGAACUGCUGAAGCUGCGUUUUGGGGAGGCCCAGAUGCAUUACUGCGAAGUCAUGUUAAAAGACAUGGCAGACUCUCGCCGCAUCAACACUAACAUCCGAGACGAGGAGCAGAAACUCCCUGAGGAAGAAAGGCCCCCCUUCAACCUGACAGCCACCAUCCUCUCCAGUGAGUUCUGGCCGCCACUGAAGGAAGAGAAACUGGAGCUGCCUGAAGAAAUCAAGGAGGCCAUGAAAUCCUACUCCAAGAAGUACGAGAAACUGAAGGCCAUGAGGACCUUGAACUGGAAGCCCCACCUGGGCUUGGUGAACCUGGAGGUAGAACUGGCGGACCGCACCCUUGCCCUCUCUGUGUCGCCUGUGCAUGCUGCCAUCAUCUUGCACUUCCAAAGCAAGGAUGCCUGGAUGCUGGACGAGCUGAGUGAAGUGCUGAAGGUGCCGCUGACCUCUCUUCGGCGCAAGAUGACCCUGUGGGUGCAGCAGGGGGUGCUGCGGGAGGACCCCCCUGGCACCUUCAUGGUGAUUGAGGAGGAGCAAAAGGACCGGCCGGAGAAGGUGGUCUUGAUUGACAGCGACGAGGAGGGCGACUCUGCCACGGCCUCCCAGGCUGACCAGAAGGAGGAGGAACUGCAGGUGUUCUGGACAUACAUCCAAGCCAUGCUGACCAACCUGGAAAGCCUCUCCCUGGAGCGCAUUCACAGCAUGCUCAAGCUCUUUGUGAUGACAGGCCCCAUGGUGACCGAGAUCGACAUUCAGGAGCUGCAGGGUUUCCUCCAGAAGAAAGUCCGGGACCAGCAGCUCAUCUACUCAGCAGGUGUCUACCGUCUGCCCAAGAGCGGCAGCUGAACGUCGGUCUCUCUUCCGGAUAGUCCUGUGGUCUGGCCCUCCCACGCUGGCAUUGUGGCAAUGGUGGCAUGGCAGAACGAGCUCAACAGCUCUGGAGACUCACCCUUCCUCUGAUCCUGGGAGCAAAUACCAGGCAGCCCCUCUGUGAGGGUGCAUGGCUGUGGCAAAGACUCAGAGAGACAGAUUGGGGCCCCCUCUGUUCAUGCUUUGUGAGGUGGAGAUUUGGGAUUGAUCACACAACACAUCAGUUUGAUUUGUUGUCUUUAUUCACAAUAAAAAGUCUUGCAUCCUG